AUGACCCCGCAGCGGCCCCCGCCAUCUCUUGUGUCUCGCAGUAACAUCAUCGACGUCUCGGCCGCCGACUCGCAGGGCAUGGAGCAGCACGAGUACAUGGACAGAGCCAGGCAGUACAGCACACGCCUGGCCAUGCUGAGCAGCUCCCUGCCGCACUGGAAGAAGCUCCCGCUGCUGCCAUCCCUCACCACCCAACCCCACCAAGUCCUGGCCAGCGACCCCGUCCCCACCGCGGACCUGCAGCAG